GAGAAACGUGUGUUUUGUUUAGUGUGAGCGCUAGACGCGUAGUACUCGUUUCACACACUGAUCGUGCCACUGCCAUUUUUUGUCGCUGUGUGAAGUAGUAAGUGCCGACAUUUUACUUUGUUGUUGAUCGCGUGAAUGACGUAUGUCGAGACGCUGUUUUUUCUAGACCGGUCGCCAUAUGCAUUUUGUAUUUUUGUCAUUUAUCACAACAUUUUCAAGUGAGUUCCUUACGUGUGUGUGCCGGUGCACACCAUAUUAGUAAUAAUUACUAUCCAUCGCAAAAGUCUUCGGAUACGAUUUGUCGUUCGUCGAGUUUUGUCUACUAUUAUUCAGCCAAUGUGUAGCUAUGUCUGGCAUCCUUGGUACACUGUGUUGGAUUCAUGGUACAGCUGAGUGUCGAUUAAUUUUUAAAUAUGUCGAGCGAAUUGGAUCAAAGUUCGGUUGGAAGCAAAAUGGAACAAAGUGCAAUUGAAAGCGAAAUGGAUGAAAAUGCAAUUGGCAGUGAAUUGAAUGAAAGUGCGAUUGGAAGCGAAAUGGAUGAAAAUGCAAUUGGCAGUGAAUUGAAUGAAAGAACGAUCGGAAGCGAAAUUGAUCCAAAUGCGACUGGAAGCGAAAUUGAUCCAAAUGCGACUGUAAGCAAAAUGGAUCCAAAUGCGACUGGAAGCGAAAUUGAUCCAAAUGCGACUGGAAGCGAAAUUUUUCCAAAUGCGACUGUAAGCGAAAUUGAUCCAAAUGCGACUAGAAGCGAAAUUGAUCCAAAUGCGACCGAAAUUUAUCCAAAUGCGACUGGAAGCGAAAUUUAUCCAAAUGCGACUGGAAGCGAAAUUGAUCCAAAUGCGACUGGAAGCGAAAUUUAUCCAAAUGCGACUGGAAGCAACCCAGAUCAAAGUAUGAUCCAAAGCGAAAUUGAUCAAGACAAAAUGGACAUACCCGCUGUUCUCCUAAAAGAAUCCGAAAUAAAAAAGGAAGUAAUUGAAUCUGAUGUUAUAACAAUAAGUGAUGACGAAGAUGAAUCCGCCACAAUACAUUUAAGUAGGGCUAUACCUAUGCAUAUACCUAUGCAUAUACCUAUGCAUAUACCUAUGUUUAUGCCAUUAGUACCUGAUAAUCUGCCUAUGUUUAAGCGCCGUUCAUCUGAACCUAAGUCCUUCGAACGGUGUUUAUCUGUCGGGGUGGCUGAGCGUCGAUGUUCAUCUGUUCCAAUUGAUAACAAUGAUUACGAUGAAUUAAUUGCACCAUCAUUACAUACAUUAAUAUCAUCUGGUAGUGGUGGCGAAUGUUCAUCACAACAUAAACCAACAAAAUCUCUUAAACGCAAAAGAAGUUUGAUUCCAACCUAUAUCGAGGUUGAAAAUACCCGAAAAACUAUGAAACCAGGACCUAAGUCAAAAACAAGAAAUAUAGUUACUGUUCAUCAAAUGAUCACUGAGGCUAAAAAUUCAGCAUCAGGAGUGACACUUGACUCCAGUGAUGAUUCUGAUAUUGAAAUGAUAUUAGACGAUUCAGAUGAUGAAAAUGACUCUAUUGUUGAUGAAAAUGAAAGCAAUGAAGAAGAAGAAGGAGGAGAGGAAGAAGAAGAAGAAUAUGAAGAGGAAGUAUCAGAAAUUGAUCCAAAUGAUGAUGAAAAUGAAAGUAAUGAAGACGAGGAAGUAUUACCAACAAUUAAUCGAAAUUCUGAAAUCAUAUAUAUAAGUUCUUCAUCUGACGAUGAGUCCAAUCAUUUAGAACCUGAGAUUGCAGAAUUAAUAGUUGGUAGUGAGGCAAGUACCGCCUCUGAUGAUGCUGCAGAAGAAAGAGACCGUUUAAGUCAAAGUAACAACGUAACAAUCAACCAAAAAGAAGACAAAAUCAUUCAAAAUAACGAAUUAAAAAAAGAAAAAAUUGGCUCUGAUGACGCUGCAGAAGAAAGAGACCGUUUAAGUCAAAGUAACAAUGUAACAAUCAACCAAAAAGAAAACAAAAUCAUUCAAAAUAACGAAUUAAUAAAGGAAGAAAUUGGCUCUGAUGACGCUGCAGAAGAAAGAGACUGUUUAAGUCAAAGUAACAAUGUAACAAUCAACCAAAAAGAAGACAAAAUCAUUCAAAAUAACGAAUUAAUAAAGGAAGAAAUUGGCUCUGAUGACGCUGCAGAAGAAAGAGACUGUUUAAGUCUAAGUAACAACGUAACAAUCAACCAAAAAGAAGACAAAAUCAUGCAAAAUAACGAAUUAAAAAAGGAAGAAACUGAUAAAAUAACAGAAGAUGAAAAUUACAAUAAUGAAAUACUGAAGAAAAGCUUAACUGAUUCAAAUGAAAUAUUAAAAAAUGGAGAAUAACAUAAAUUUUUAAUAAAUUUCCAAAUCAAAAGUUAUUACAUAUAAGAUUGAAGAUGAUUAUGUGUAGUGAUGUUUUCAAAAAUAACUCAAUUAUUCCAGAUGGAGAAUUCAACAAAUUAAAUAAUAUGUGUUUGAAUAUUAAUAAAUGUAAUGAAAACUAAAUAAUGAUAAUCAACACCAAAUUUGUAAAUAUUUUGUAAAUGUACCAUCAAUUAGAUGUAAAAGGAAUGAAAAUAUGUAUGGUAUACAUAACAAUAUUGUAAUGUUUUUAACCUUAUACUCUAUAUCAUAAGAAAUAUAAUUAAUUUAACACUAUUUGUUGUACGCUUUUAUUAUAUGUUAAGAAACUAAAUGUAAUUUUAUUUAUUAAAGAAUUUUGUUUGACCAGUA